ACUCUGCAGCCUGUUUCCGGAAGUGCUGCUACUUGUGGUUAUGAUGGCUUCAAGGUUACUUCGCGGAGCUGGAGCUCUGGCCGCGCAGGCCCUGAGAGCCCGCGGUUCCAAUGUGUUGCCUGCAGUGCGCUCCAUGGCGUCUGGAGGUGGUAUUCCUACUGAUGAGGAGCAGGCAACUGGGCUGGAGAGGGAGAUCAUGAUGGCAGCACGGAAGGGACUGGACCCAUACAAUAUGCUACCACCAAAGGGAGCUUCAGGCACCAAGGAAGACCCUAAUUUAGUUCCUUCCAUCACCGACAAGCGAAUAGUGGGCUGCAUCUGUGAAGAGGACAACAGUACUGUCAUCUGGUUCUGGCUGCACAAAGGCGAGGCCCAGCGAUGCCCUAAUUGUGGAGCCCAUUACAAACUGGUGCCUCACCAGCUCCCACACUGAGCCCUUGCACUAAUUUACUCAAAAUGUGCUGUAAAGUUUCUUUUUUCCAAUAAAGACUAGCCAUUGCAUUGGCUUCUUCUCCCCUA